CCCCCCCCCUACUCGGGUCCCCCCGGGGGUAUUAAAGCGGGGGCCGGCAGCACCCGGCCCCACUGCCCCCCCCCACCAUGCUGCUCACCCUACUGCUGCUCCUGGGGGGCCCGGCCCCCGCGCUCCCUGCCGGUCCCCACUGGACGUACGAGGGUCCCCAUGGGCAGCAGCACUGGCCCGAGGGGCACCCGGCGUGCGGGGGCCGUUCCCAAUCCCCCAUCGACAUCGGGACGGGGCGGGCGCUGCCGGACCCCUCGCUGCCCCCCCUGCGCCCCAUAGGCUACAACCGCCCCCCCGCCGCCCCCUUCGGCCUCGCCAACAACGGCCACACCGCGGUGCUGGCGUUGCCCCCCUCGCUGCGCCUGGGGGGGCUGCCCCACAGCUUCGCGGCCGCUCAGCUCCAUUUCCAUUGGGGGCGGAAUGGGGGGGCCGAGCACCUCCUGGAUGGGUACCGGGCACCCGCUGAGCUGCACGUGGUGCACUACGACGCCGAGCGCUUCGCCAACGCCAGCCAGGCUCAGCACCACGCCGCCGGGCUGGCCGUGCUGGGCGUCCUGCUGGAGGCUGGCGACGAACCCAACCCUGCCUACGACAACAUCCUGAGGCACUUGGGCAGCAUCCGCUACGCCGGGCAGGCGACCUCCAUCCCCUCCUUCAGCCUGCGGGGUCUGCUGCCCCAGCGCUUGGAUCGCUACUACCGCUACAACGGGUCCCUCACCACCCCCCCCUGCUUCCAAAGCGUCCUCUGGAGCGUUUUCCAGCAGCCCGUCCUCCUCAGCCGGGCUCAGCUGGAGCAGCUGCGGGGUUCCCUUUACGCCACGGCGCCCGAUGAGCCCGAACCCGAGCGGUUGGAGGAGAAUUUUCGGGCCCCCCAGGACCUCAACCAGAGGCUGGUGCUGGCGUCCUUCAGCAGCGGGCCCGAGGGAUAUUCGACAGGUGAAGUCGUCGCCAUCGUCUUCGGCACCGUCUUCGGCUGCCUCGGCCUCUUCCUCGCCUGUCCAUUUCGUGAGCAAGAGGCUGCGCGCGAGGAGCAGGCAGCAGCAGGACGUGGUCUUCAAAGCCUCCUCGCGCCGCACGCCUGAGCACCACCGGCCUUGAGGCCCCCCCCCCUCAAAAAAAAAGCCCCCCCCAGCACCCAGGGGCUGGGAGCAGUGCAGGAUGAGGGGCGCCUGACCCCUUUCCCCCCCCUCGAACCCCACCCCACAAAGCUC